AUGCAGAGCAAGAUAUACAGCGAGGUGGGCUUCUACGUGCGGGAUAAAAUAGAGAAGCGGGUUCCUUUGAAGGACUUUCUGGACUACUCGUGUGCUUCCAUGCCCGUGAACUUGGAGGAGGGGAAGUCUAGGAUUGUGAUAAACUACGGAAACAUGGGGGGCAACUACUUGAGCGUGUGCGGGGUUUUGCUGUGUCUGUUUCUGGUUAUCCACCCUAUUUUCAUUCUGCCUAUAGGGAUGUGCUUUGGCGUGCUGUACGUGGCGAUGGAAAACCCCAGCGACACCGUGAGCGUGCUGGGGAAUGUAUACCCGAAGAUGUAUGCGUACGCAGUGGCCCUGGGAGUGCCUCUUCUCUUCUUUAUUUUCAUGCCAAAUUCGCUUGUCUCUCUCUUCUUUACAAUUACUCUUUCUAUUCUGCUGUGCGUUGGGCACAUGGUCGUGUACAAGCCGGCAAUGCGCCCCGAGGAGGAGCACAUAUAA